AUGGAGGAUUGGAGAAGAAUUGAUAUCGAUGCCUUGGAGCCGGAAACUCAUAUGUCUAAGGAGGAAUUGAUCCCGGAUUUACCAACAACUCUGCAUGAGGAAAUUGUAACUAUUUCAAAGCAGGUUAGAUCAUCAUUGUCACUGGGUCAAUUCUUAGAAGCCUUGAAGUUAGUGUUGGAUAACCCACCAUACGUUGCAAGUGAAUCGACCAAGACAUUGCACACAGAAACCGUUUUCGAAGUCCUAUGCUCGAUCAAGAAUAAUCAUGGGUCUAACGAUUUCUCUGGGUUUGUUAAACAAUUGGAUUCUACUGAGCAAGAGAAUUUAAUAAAGUAUUUGUAUAAGAAUAUGAACACAAGCUACGGAGCUAAACAAGGAGGCCUCCUAUUGAAUUGGUUCGAAAAAACAGUUGAAAUCACUGGGUUGGGUCCUAUCGUAAGAUACAUGACUGACAGAAGAACUGUUUAA